AGAAGGUAUCCCAAAAUCCUCCUGUUAUAAGCUUCCAUCAAAGACUAUGGAGGAAAUAGAACAUACCUGCCCUCAGCCUCGUACGGUUUUCAAGAACUGCAACCUGACCAGGCAGUGGUAAAACAACAGGAAGAAUGUCAUGAUGAAGAUCCUCCAUCACUUGCUCUCAUUUCCUUGGACCAUCUUAGAUUUUGAAACUGUGUGCAUUUUAGUGGAUAGCUUAGCAGCUGGACUGUGUGUGGUGAGAGUAGUCUGCAGCUGGGCCAGGAGCUAAGGUAGCAUUAGUUACACCUCACUGCAAGUUGGGGUCACGAUGAGAUCGACUGAAGAAGACUCAGAUGAGAAUGUAAAUUGGGUGGCCAACAGAAGAGGACCGUUAGAAAUGUACACCGAAAUGCUUCAUGCAUUUGCAGACGUGCCAGAAAGCAUAUUGUCACUAUCAAGAAACUCGGAGAAGUCUGGCACUCAUUCAUUUAGCAACUUACAGAUCCAUGAUGGUUGAUGUCUCAGCAACCUUUGCAGCACAAACAGAAGCCAGAUAAUGUCUGGAUGCUGUAUUGGAAGUACAGACUGGCAAAGUACAAGACAUUCACUGAACCUGCUGCAUUUGCAGAUGAAACAAGCUGUCAGUGCAAGGCACCCCACGAAAGACUGACUAUUACUCAGGCCCGUUUUGGAACACCAAUUGACAGACCAGUGAGAGUUUAUGCAGAUGGAAUAUUUGAUCUCUUUCAUUCGGGUCAUGCUCGGGCUCUCAUGCAGGCCAAAAAUCUUUUUCCAAAUACCUACUUACUUGUUGGAGUGUGUAGUGAUGAUCUAACACAUCAAUACAAAGGAUUCACUGUCAUGAAUGAGAUCGAGCGGUAUGAUGCCCUGAGACAUUGUCGCUAUGUUGAUGAGGUUAUCAGGGAUGCACCAUGGACACUAUCUCCGGAAUUUCUUGAAAAACAUAAGAUUGAUUUUGUGGCACACGAUGAUAUUCCAUACUCCUCUGCUGGAUCAGAUGAUGUCUAUAAACACAUUAAGGAAGCUGGCAUGUUUGUCCCAACUCAACGAACAGAGGGCAUCUCUACAUCUGACCUUAUUACCAGAAUUGUAAGAGAUUAUGAUGUUUAUGCCCGACGUAAUCUUCAGAGAGGUUACACAGCCAAAGAGCUUAACGUUAGUUUCAUAAAUGAAAAGAAGUAUCGCUUCCAAAAUCAUGUUGACAAAAUGAAAGAAAAAGUAAAGAACGUAGAAGAAAAAUCAAAAGAAUUUGUUUACAAAGUGGAGGAAAAAAGCCAUGAUCUUAUACAAAAAUGGGAAGAAAAAUCACGAGAAUUUAUUGGAAACUUUUUAGAGCUGUUUGGUCCAGAUGGAACUUGGAAACAAGUUUUCCAGGAGAGAGGCGGUCGGAUGCUGCAAGCUCUGUCUCCAAGGCAAAGUCCCUCAAGUAGCCCAACAAGAGAACGGUCCCAGUCCCCAACAUUCCAGUGGCCAUUUACCAAAACGUCACCCCCAUCUUCCCCGAAAGUUGCUUCUGCCUCCAUCAGUAGCAUCAGUGAUGGAGAAGAGGAUGAAAAUUGAAUGAUUGGGAACCUGCAGCACGUGAGCAGAUGCAUAUGAUCAGCAAUGAUGUAAUCUCAGGCAAACCUUAGCCUUUUAGUUUUCCUUUCCAUCAUUCUCAGGCCCUUAACAGAGUCUGACUAAUCCUAUUAUUACAACAUGUUUAUAGUGCACACAUCACAAAUAUCAGCUUCUAAAUUGUCCCCCUCUACAAGAAUCUGUGCUAUAGUUAAUGCUAGCAUCACAAUGUUCAUGGCUCCUGUGUUGACAUAAGUCACAUGAGACAUCCCUCAAUGUAAAACCAAAAACAUCUCAGAUGCCAUCUAUAAACGGAAUGUGUAGGUAAACUAUUUGUGACUGAUACAAUGAAAAUGUUUAUAAUUUUGCCUCAUCAAGUACCAUAAACAAAAUGGGUUGGAAAAUACACAAAGCAAUAGAGGCAAAUUUUAAGACUUUCCCUUUCUUGAGUUGAAUCAUAUGAGAGGUUUUACAAGACAGACUUUUAAAAAAAUAAAUAACCUUUAUCCAGGCUGUAUGAUAAACAUCGGAUAGAUAAAAUCAUGAUAACACAUCUGUUUGUUAUUUUCUAAAUUAGUGAGCUGUGGGAAAAAUAACAAUUCAAAAAUAGGUCAUCUUCAAAUGCAGAAUCCACUUCAACAUUGAUUGGCUAUCUCAUUGUGACCUCUUGCAUGA